UAGAGCUAGCGCCCAGCAGUGUGACGCUCCAUCUGCGCUCCAUGGCUUCAUCAGAGGUCAGCAUGCAGGAAAUGGGUGAGGUGGUCAUCGUUACCAUUCCAGAGUCUGUGGGCGAGGACCUUCCAUCUGUGGUGGAGGACGAUAAGGCAGUGCUGGUGACCGCAGAGCUGACUCCUCAGCCGGGGGAGGACGUCCUCACAAUGGUGCCAGAGGAAGCAGAAGCUGGAGCCAGCAGAGCAGAUUCACUGUCAAAGGAAGAGACUGUCAUUGUGAAGUUAACUGAGGAGGUGGAUGUGGAAGCUGACGUCUUCUAUCCGAUCACCUGUGGAGACGCCAAAGCCACGCUAGUGUGGAAGAAGUUUGUCUGCCCUGGGAUCAACGUGAAGUGCGUCCAGUUCAAUGAGCAGCUGAUCAGCCCGAAGGAGUUUGUGUGUUUAGCAGGGAAAUCCACUCUGAAGGACUGGAAGAGAGCUAUCCGCCUCAACGGCACCAUGCUCAGGAAGAUCAUGGACUCCGGUGAACUGGACUUCUACCAGCACAUAAAGGUGUGCUCCAACACCUGCCGCAGCACUAAGAUAGACCUGGUGGGAACCAAAGUGUCCAUCGGCGGUGACCCGUCUGCCGAACUGCUUCCUGCCACCCCCUCAUCUGCUGAUCUGAACGGAGCAGCGGUCUCGUUUCCAGAGGUGAUGGAGGAAACGUCAGAGUGGGUCACAGCCAUCGGAGAGGACUCUGUGGCGUUCUGGCGUGGGGUGAAGGAGGCGGGCCUCCUGGAGGAGGUGGUGGAGGACUUCCAGAUAGAGCUGCAGGAGGUGAUGAAGGGGCUGCAGGAGAGGGCGUGUGACCCGCCACUACAGGUCAAAGAUGCUGUUUUGCUGAACAACACAGUGCAGAACUUUGGGAUGUUGGACCUGGUGAAGAAGGUUCUGGCGAGCCAUAAGAGCCAGAUGGACCGUUACAGAGAGCAGUACACGCGGAGCCUGGCCUCUCUGGAGCAGCAGUGUGACGAGCACAGGAAGCGAGCCAAGGAGCUGAAGAGCAAAUCCCAGCACCUGAACAACGUCCUAAUGACCCUUACCCCGGUCCCUGCACCCCCUGCACCCAAGCGUCCCCGGCUGACCCGUGCCGUCUCCGGUCCGGCCUCGGUCAACGCCACUCCAGCCCAGAUCACUCUGCCUCUGAACCAGCUGACCAGCCUGCCGCUGGGCAAGGUGCUGACUGUCGCGGGGGGCCCAGCUGGCACCAACCUGGGGGGCUACACACUCCUGACCUCCUCGCUCUCUGGGUCGGAGUUGACGGGCGACGCCUCUAACCUGACUGUUCUAUCCGCGGCAGCAGGUCAGGAGGGCACCGGCUCCUUCGUGAAGGUGGUCGGCCCUCAGUUCCAGCUGGUGACGCUGCCGGCCCCGCUGCAGAGCUUGGCCACCGCAGUGCAACAGCAGGUCAGCAGCAUCAGUGUGGUGGACGCCACGGCAACCGAUUCACAAGAGGACGACCAGGCGGACGGCGAUGACGAAGGCCAGCCAGAGCAGGUCAAAGAGGAAGAGGGGGAGCAGUGAGGCAGCUGCUCCUGAACGGCCUUCACCUCAUCAUCCUGGACUCUGGACUGAGUGAUGGCUCGUCCACUUUCUGACUUCAGACCGCGGCGUGUUCAACGCUUGAGCCUCCCUGUUACACGUCCUUCAAUGCAGUUUGUCAGAGUGGCGUCUGAUGUCCGCUGUAAAUAUGGAUUUGUAAAUAAUAUAUUUGAUACAGCUGUUUGUGUAGGGAUGUGAUCCAUUUAAGCUGGAGACAGCAGCGUCGUUCAGUUUGGUAAUAAAUGUUCAGUUUUCCAGAACAGUGUCUUUACGUCCUGUUCAAUAUUAAUAUCAUCCUGUCUUAUCAGUGUGAAGUGGAUGCAGAGGAACUGGGACUUUUUUACCUUUUCCCUUGUCUCUUUUCAUCCCUCUAAAGGAGGAGAAAAAGAGAAAGCAGCUCGCCAUCUUCAAGUCUUAAUGACUUACCAGAUUCUAAAUUCAUUAAGACAAUAAAAAGGUUACCAAU